AAAAUGUUUCAAUAAAUGAAUAGACAACGUGAUAAGAUAACGAAUGAAUCUUGCGAGCGUAUAAAAGCAAAACGCCUUCGCUUAAAAUAGGUCUACUACUUUAAAGAUGUUAAGCAUUGCCAUAACAUCAUUGUUAACCUGUACGCUAUUAGGUACGGCUGAAGCCGCUUACCAAACUCCAAUACACGUUGAUGCCGAACGAGCUGAUAUAUGUAGUACGGGAAACUGUUUACCGCCACAAUGUCGCUGUUCCGGCUUAACUCUACCAAAGGCUGCAUUUAAAGGGCGUGAAAAAGAAAUUCCUCAGUUUAUCACUAUAACCUUUGAUGAUGCCGUAACUGCUCUCAACUAUGAACAAUAUCAAAAGAUAUUCGCCAAUCUGCAUAAUCCGGAUGGCUGUGAGGCGAAGGGUACAUUUUACGUUUCCCAUGACUAUACCGAUUACGCAAAAGUGAAUGCUCUUUAUAAUCAGGGACAUGAAAUAGCUUUGCAUUCAAUUACUCAUGGCAACGGUACAGACUAUUGGCGCAAUGCAAAUGAGAAUUUAAUGAUGCGUGAAUUUGGUCAACAAAUUGCGAUUUUGGAGCGUUUUGCGAAAAUUAAUCGUAAACAUAUCAGGGGUAUGCGUUUACCUUUCCUGCAAGUAGCUGGUAAUACGUCUUUCAUAGUAGCCAAGAGAUUAGGUCUAUUGUAUGACAGCUCUUGGCCUACUCAAAUGUACAGAGAUCCAGCAAUGUGGCCAUACACUUUGGACUAUUUAUCUGUACAAGAUUGUCAGAUUGGACCGUGUCCUACCGCUUCAUUACCCGGUUUGUGGAUUAAUCCUAUGGUAACGUGGACAGACAUAGAAGGUUACAGCUGCUCCAUGAUAGACGGUUGCAUAUUUUUGCCCAAAGACAAUGUUGACGCUUUAUUCGAGUGGAUAAAAAUGAAUUUUCGAAGGCAUUAUGAGGGUAACCGGGCUCCCUUUGGCAUGCAUUUACACGCUGCUUGGUUUAGUCGCGGUACUAAUUAUUUAAAAGCUUUUCGCAAAUUUUUAGAAUAUGCCAAUUCUUUGCAUGAUGUAUAUAUAGUUACCCCUAGUCAAGUUGUACAAUACUUGAAACAUCCAUCUUUGGGAAGACCUUUCAAAGGAUGCUUUAAAAAGCCGAAAGUGUCCUGUCAACCAAUCACAUGUGCUUUAAAAAAGCCUGUAACUGGGGAAACACGUUACAUGACAUGUUGUGAUAGCUGCCCAGACGUUUAUCCAUGGCUAGACAAUCCUUUGGGAGAAAUUUAA